GCCUAAAGCUACUGAUAUCACGCCCACAGAAAAAGGGGCGAUUUCAACUACGAAUCGUUACAUUAUACGGAAUGUUCAACUUUCACCUCAUUUACAGUGAGGGCCGUACGAUGAAUAACUACUGAGGUCCGUGUGAAUGAAGCGCACACACUCACUCUAGUAGCUACAUAAGUUCCCUUCUCCUCCCUGUGAGAAUCAUUAUCAACACAACCACAAUCCCUCCAACUUACCCAAUACCCCAUCUUACCUUUCAGAACCCAAUUUUUCAGUCGCCAGAAACAUGUCCAAACCUAUGUUAACCACGCUUUCAAACGACCUCUUGGAUCAAAUCUUUGCAGAUGUGGAUCGAGAGGAUCUGCUAAACCUGACCAAGACGCAUCGAGUCUUUUACAAAUCCGCUCAACGCCUCUUAUUCCAGUCGAUUGCCCUCCCUGUACAAUCGACCCUGGCCUAUCCAUUCAUUCAAGGCGGGCAUUCCGCCGAAGUCAGUCAUCUACCGACACCCGAGGAUCGCCGGAUGUAUGAAGAUCGCGAGAAGUGGAACUGGCGGACAGGUUGUCCUAUACUACCUCCGGUCUUACUGCCACUACCGGACCAUGAGAUCCCACGAAACUACAGGGAACACGAAGCUUAUGGUAAUGUCAUGGCCCGGCAGAACACAUGUGCCUUAUUUCUCCAGGCUAUCACCAAGGCACCGCAGCUUGCAGACCACGUACGCCACGUGCGAAUAGACUCUGAGUGGGGUGAACCGUCUUUCUUUCACGAGCAAGCCAUCACCAUAUUCCGUAAACUAUCGAACGUGCGAAGCAUCGAGGUCACGAUCAAAGACCGGCUCAUGGGUUCAGUCUGGUAUGUUCAGCAGGAUACCUGCAUCAAGCAACUCUGGGCUGUACUCGAGCAUGUUCCUAUCGAGGCCAUCACCUUGAAGACACCUACGUUGAGGGUUCUCCGUGAACUCAUCCAGAUCCCUACUUUGAGGACCUUUUUGAUCGAGACUAUCGCGCCCUGGCAUGAAAGCCCUAGUUCUGAUAUCAGCCCACACGGCAUCAUUCACAACUGGCUCGAACCCGGUUCCCUCCCCAACCUCUCACACUUCAAUUCUGGAACCUUCCAGAUCAGCCCUCUCGCUCUGGGAAAACUGCUGGGCCAAGCUAAGAACCUCGAAUCGCUGCUCCUAACCAUUGACUGCCUGUACGCCUACCAAAACGACAUCAUACCUCCAUCCUGGCGACCCACGCCCCCUACUCCUCCCACCAUCAUCGACGUCCUAAAAGCCAACCCAGAACUCCCUUCCACCCUGAAAGAACUAUCCCUUCUCGAACCACCAAACGCCCAAUUCAGAGAACAUCCCUACCCCAUAUUUCCCGCCGACUUCUCCUUCCUGAAAAACCUCCAGGUCCUAAAAGUAACCUCAUCCCUCUGGUACAACACCGCCAUCGACCUCCCCAACUCCGCCAAAAAAACAUGGAUUUGGCAAAAACAAGACCGCUGCGCCGCAGCCGCAUACACCCUCGUUCCCCCCUCGGUGCGCGAACUCGAAGUCCAAUUCAUGGGGCCCGAGGCUAUCUUCGCCACGGGCGAUGGCCGCACGCAGUUUCGUCGUUUGCCACAGGCCUUGCCGUUCAAGGGGUUGAGCUGGAUAACGCAGUUUGCGGAGAUGAAGCUGCGGGGGCAAGGGUUUCUGACUGAGCUCAAGUGUCUGAGGUUGACGGAACUUCCGGGUGUUGGGGGUACGAGGCAGGCUUUUGGGGCGUUUGAUAAGUAUUUGCCACCGAGAGUUGUUAGCGAGGUGUUUGAUGACGCGGGCAUUGAGCUUGUUAUUCGGCUUGCGAAAGUAUGAGCGCUGGUACAUUCACCAGACUGAUAGAGUUUAGGUAGCUGUAUGCGAUUGUCAAUUACAUGUUAGCCCUCGUAGGGCUGAGGGGAAUGCGACUGGACUUAUCCACCCCAUUUAAGGGAAAAAAUGAAUACCCACACAAGGCAGAUAACUUAAAAUUGCACAUUGCCUUGGGAUUUUGUCAACAUAUGUUUUCAUGAUGAUCUAGA